UUUUAAUACCAGUUGUUCGUCUCGGGAUGAACAGUCUCUGUAAAAUCUCAGAAGAAGGAUUAACCUACAAGUGAAGAGAGAGGAAUCAAUCCAGGCGUAUCAACUGAAAUCUACACGACACUAUUGUUAAGAUGGAGUUUGCUGAAGAGAAGAGAACUGAAGACACUGAGGAACUAAGAGACCUGAUGGAAGUGGAAGAAGAAAGUCAAGAAAUGAAUUAUGUGGGGGAGAAACAUCAGGAUCAGAAACCAGAAAAAUUCAUAACUGGAAAAAAAAAAAAAUGUUGUCCAAAGAUUGAAAGGAAUUUAUUACAAAGAACAACACAAAAAACAAGAGCCAAGACAUAUUUAACCUGCCCACAGUGUGGAAAGAGUUUCAAACAACAAGGAAAUCUUAACGAUCACUUAAUAACUCACUCUGGAGAGAGGCCUUUCACAUGCCCACAGCGUGAAAAGAGUUACAAAUGUAAAAAAGACCUUCAGAGGCAUUUAAUAACUCACUCUGGAGAGAGCCCGUUCACAUGUCUUCAGUGUGGAAAGAGUUUCACACAAAAUAAAAGCCUAAAAAUGCAUAUGAGAAUUCACACUGGCGAGAAGCCUUUUACAUGCCUUCAGUGUGGAAAGAGUUUUACAUAUAAAAAGAGCCUAAAGGUUCACAUGAGAAUUCACACUAGGGAGACCUUGACAUGCCAUCAGUGUGGAAAGAGUUUUACAUAUAAAAAGAGCCUACAUAUUCACAUGAGAAUUCACACUGGUGAGAAGCCAUUCACAUGCCUUCAGUGUGGAAAGAGUUUUACACGUAAUGAGCACCUUCAGAGGCACGCAAGAAUUCACUCUGGAGAUAAGCCAUUCACAUGCUAUCUGUGUGGGAAGAGUUUUGCUCGUGAAGAAUACCUUAAGAAUCACAUGAGGAUUCACACUGGAGAAAGGCCUUUCACAUGUCAUCAGUGUGGAAAGAGUUUUACACAGGCAGCCAAUCUCCAAAUUCACCAGCGCACUCACUCAGGAGUAAAGCCACUUAAAUAUGAACAUGAAAAAGUUUAUAUGUGCUUUGAAUGUGGAAAAACCUUUAAUAGAUCCAAUCACUUGAAACAGCACCAAAGAAUCCAUACUGGCGAAAAACCUUACAAGUGUUCACAUUGUGGAAAUAGUUUCACUCACUCAGGAACCCUGAAAGAACAUGAAAGAGUGCACACUGGAGAAAAACCUUACAAGUGUUCACAUUGUGGAAAUAGUUUCACUCACUCAGGAACCCUGAAAGCACAUGAAAGAUUGCACACUGGAGAGAAGCCAUACCACUGCUCUUUAUGUGAGAUGAGUUACAUUUCAUUAAGUUCUCUAAAGAAACACAUGAUUCAUCACAGUGAGCAAAGUUCAUCUUCUGGUCCAAUUCAGAUAAACCCCAAAAAUGGAUUUCAUUUUGACAAGAGAAAUAAAGGGUUUAUUGCUGUGUGAUGAAUGAGAAUGUUUAAGGUUGGUUUUUCUUUGUUGUUUUCUCUUACAAAAGUUGGAUUUUGAAUUGGAUAAGCAUAUGAUCUUAUGUUAAAGAGUGUGGCGGGGUAAGAGACUGAUACAGUGGGUAUGGCGUCAGGCCUCAGAGAGGCGUUUAUUGGAUAUGAUAAACAAAUGUAAAAAAUGGGGAAAAUAAUGUGUCCGUUGGGGGGGAUGUGUUCAAAAUAAAGGGGAAUCUGGCGUCCUUGCGGUGAAGGGGGCUUUGUGACUGGGUAGUGUCCACCGGUAUGGUCCAGGACGUAGGCGGGGUCCGACGGCCGCAUGCACUCCCCUCCGUGGUCCAUGGCGUAAGAGGCAGCGGCUUCUGUGGAGCCUGUCUUCCCAGGCGCAGAGGGGAGGGGUCCCGGCACUCAUGCCCGUCAGCUGCGACGCAUGCUCCCAUUUCCCCGUUAUCGCAUCUAGUUCACGCCGGUGGCCGAGGGUGCGGGUCCGGCACGCAUCUAAUUCGACCAGUACUCUCCCUGCUCUGCUCCUGGAUAAGCAAGGACGCCAGUGUGUGCACAUGGAGAAUAGAAGUCGGCUUCCCGAGAAGAGGCUCGCUCUACGUUUAUUUGGCAGCAGUGACAAGGCUAAACACAUCAUGUUUGUUUCGUUCCCCCAAGGUUAUAAUAGUUUUUCAUUUUUAAUUUAGUUUUUUAUUUCAUUUUCAAUGCUUCACUCCAAUUUAGUUUAGUUUUUGUUCGUUAGAUAUUUGUUAGUUUUUCAGUAUAUUUAGUUUUAUUUUAGUUUUAGUAUUUAUAUUAAGGGAUAAUGGAGAAUGGGGAAAACUGGUAUUUGUGUAGGCUAAUGUGGGUCAUAUAGUUGGGCAUUCCAAAUUGGGGAGAAAAUGGGGAGAGAGGAAAAAAAACCCUGAAAUAUCACAUUGACAUAAGUAUUCAGACCCUUGACUCAGUACUCCGUAGCGAUUACAGCCUCAAGUCUUUUGGGGUAUGUUGUGACUAGCUUUGCAGUUUGCACACCUGGAUUUGGGGAUUUUCUGCUAUUCUUCUCUUCAGAUCCUCUCAAGCUCUGUCAGGUUGGAUGGGGACCAUCAGUGGACAGCCAUUUUAAGGUCUCUCCAGAGAUAAUAAAUUGAGCCCCUCUUGCGUUGUCUUGGCUGUGUGCUUAGGGUCAUUGUCCUGUUGGAAGGUGAACCUUCGUCCCAUUCUGAGGUCCUGAGUGCUCUGGAACAGGUUUUCAUUAAGGAUAUCUCUUUAUUUUGCUGCGUUCAGCUUUCCUUCAACCCUGACCAGUCCCCCAGUCCCUGCCGUUGAAAAACACCCUAAAAACAUGAUGCUAGCACCACCAUGCUUCACCUUUGGAUAGUAUUGUGAAGGUGAUGAGCGGUGCCUGGUUUCCUCAAGACUCAGAAUUGAGGCCAAACAGUUCAAACGUUUCAUCAGACCAGAGACUAUCUUGUUUCUCACAGUUUGAGAGUUCUUUAGGUGCUUUUUUGCAAAUUCCAAGCUGGCUUUCAUUUGUCUUGGACUGAGGAGAGGCUUCGAUCUGGCCACUCUGCCAUAAAGCCCAGAUCAGUGGAGUGUUGCAUUGAUGGGUGGUUUUCCUUCUGCAAGUUUCUUCAUGAUCUCUGGAGCUCAACCAGAGUGACCAUCAGGUUCUUGGUCACCUCUCUUACCAAGGCCCUUCUCCCUCGAUUGCUCAGUUUGGCUGGGCGGCCAGCUCUCGGAAGAGUCUUGGUUGUUCCAAACUUCUAUUUAAGAAUUAUGGAGGCCACUGUGCUCUUGGGAACCUUUAAUUUAAGACCUAAUUAAUUUUAUUAAACAUUUUUAAAGCCUUCCUCAGAUCUGUGCCUCGACACAGUCCUGUCUCUGAGCUCUGCAGGCAGUUCCUUUUGACCUCAUGGCUUGGUUUUUGCUCUGAUAUACAUUUUCAGCUGUGAGACCUUAUAUAGACAGAUGUGUGCCUUUCCAAAUCAUGUCCAAUCAAUUGAGUUAGCCACAGGUUGACUCCAGUCAAAGUGUAGAAACAUCUCAAAGGUGAUCCAGAGAAAUGGGAUGUACCUGAGCUAAAUUUCAAGUGUCAUGGCAAAGGGUCUGAAUACUAAUGUCAAUGUGAUAUUUCAGUUUUUUUCUUUUUAUUAAAUUUAAGUUAUCAAAAAUCUGGUUUUUGCUUUGUCAUUAUGGUGUAUGGAGUGAAGAUUGAUGUGAAAAAAAAAUUAAAGCAUUUUAGCAUAAGGCUGCAACAUAAAAUGUGAAAAAAUUAGGGGGUCUGAAUACUUUCUGAAUGCACUGUAUAUUGUCACAAUACCAACAUUUCUGUAGUUGUUAGUGAAAUUUGACAAUACUUGAUACUAGCUUAUCACAACAACAAAAAAUCACACCAAUUCAUUUAUGUAAGAAUUGUACUCAAGUAAUUAUUCAAGACUACUGAACAGUCAGUAAUAAAAUAAAAAUACAGCAAUGAAUAGAAAUAAUUCAAUUUCUUUUUUUGAUACAGCAGUAUCAAGUAUUCAAGUAAAGAUCAGAAUGAAAUGCUACAUAGAGCCUAAUUACUGCUGGUCUUCACUGUAUAAUGUAUAAUACAUUAAUACUUUUUAAAGCUAAUAAAGUUAUCCAGUCAAGAAUGGUGUGUUUUUCUCAUUUUCUUAUGGUUCUUUGAUUAAUAUUAACAACAACAGCAGGCCGGUUAGGUUACAUUAACACACACAAGUCCGAUACUUUGAUACAAAUCUGCUUCCUCCCCACAGUUUACGUUCACUUUAGACAUCACUCUCUUAGUUUACAUGAAUACCUCACCAAGACAGGCAUUUUGGCAAAAUCUUUAAAUAUAUUAGAUUGUUCAGGCGCGUAUCUGCAUUUAGAGCAUUCUUGGAGCACACGUGCAUGUGAGCGCUCAAAAAGCCGUCUGUCCAGUCAAAGCGUGCAUCUAUUCCUAGAUCACUUGCGAAAUAUACAAUUACGUACCCAGUUCGAAUCCAGGGCAUGCUGAGUGACUCCAACCAGGUCUCCUAAGCAACCAAAUUGGCCCGGUUGCUAGGGUGGGUAGAGUCACAUGGGGUAACAUCCUCGUGGUCACUAUAAUGUGGUUCUCUCUCGGUUGGGCGCGUGGCGAGUUCCACAUGUGCUAUGUCUCCACGGUAACGUGCUCAACAAGUCACGUGAUAAGAUGCACGGAUUGACGAUCUCAGACGCGGGGAGGCAACUGAGAUUCAUCCUCCGCCACCAGGAUUUAGGCGAGUCACUACGCCACCACGAGGACUUCGAGCGCAUUGGGAAUUGGGCAUUCCAAAUUGGGGAGAAAAUCAAAAAAAUUAAUACAUUUGUGCAUCCUGUAUUAUUUUCAACAGCAGAAUAAGAACUAUGUAAUAAGGCCUUGGCUCUAUCACAAAAAUAGCAGGUUAUUUUUUCCUUAUUGUCAUUCAGGCUACUUUUCUCUUUUACUUGAGCCUUCAAAAAUCCACUUGUCCCGGACAAGCGUUAAUGUCGAACCCUGCUGAACUUCAAACCAAACUCUUUACCAGUUCCAAAUUAAAUCUAAAUAAAAUCACAGAUUGACAGGGUAAAAUGGAAUGAGUGAUGACUGUUAUCUACCUGCUUUGCCUCUUUACAAUGGUAGUGAUUCUUGCUCUGUUUCUGAUGCAAUGCGGUAUUAGGCCGUCUAUUAUCGCAGUCUGUUGGACUCUUCAUGUGAUGGUAGGCCUGAUGGUGGGUUUAAAGGUUAAAAAACACUGCAACGAAAACAAAAUCUUAUUCAAGAUUAUUUUUAUUCCAGUUAGUUUCAGAGCCAUGGAUUUUUUAUUUUAGUUUAGCUUCAUUUUUUUCCAGGUUUUCAAAUUUUUACAUUUAGUUUUAGUUUACAAUGCAACAAGUACGGUGUUUAAUUUUUAUUUUAUUAUAUUUAUUUAUCCCACAUUAUACAUUUGUACAUAUACAGUGAAAUUAUUUUUUUUCACAUAUCCCAGUUAAGCUGGGGUCAGAGUGCAGGGUCAGUCAUGAUACAGUGCCCCUCGAGCAGUUAGGGUCAAGGGCCCAACAGUGGCAUCUUGGCGGUGCUGGGGCUUGAACCCCCGACCUUCUGAUCAGUAACCCAGAGCCUUAACUGCUGAGCCACCACAGCCGAAAAAGAACUUUGCUGUGAGAAUACCUGGUCCUUAAGUCUCUCUGUGAAUAGCAUAGUCACGUGACACAACAAACGGCAAGUCAGUGAUUGUAAUUGUACUCUGUAGAGGCCUCUGUUAUUCUGUAGAAAAAUAAUUUUUUUAAUCAACCAUCUGUGUUGAUUUUUAGCGCAGAUUAAUCAGUAAAACUGAUAUAACGGUCAACCACAAGGUUUGAAGUGUACCCAGAUCACGUCUACAUGACUUUGAUUAAGGACAGAUUGUCUGCAACCUUUUUUUCUUAGUUAAAGGUGCUGUAAGCCAUUUUUUUCAUGGAAAAGUAUGCAAAAAAAAAAAAUUGCCUACUCCCUUAAAGAUAUUAAGGAAAUAAGUGUCCUGAGAUAUCUCACCGGUCUCUGUGACAGCUGUAGACUUUGUAAACGGCAAACAAAAAUGUGUCCGUGGAUAUUGAAGCUUUUCAUUGUCAAUCAUUUUGCUCGUUCUCAUAGUGUUGUAUUUGAGGUGGAUCAUUGAGGCUACA